AAACCACUCUAUUAAUAUUUUACGCCUGCAUUCACACCAAUUCCUGCGAGAGGCGAUCUAGAAUCACCAUCAGUGAAAACAUCGUAAAAUUGGCCCAUACAAAGCGAGUUUUAUGCUAAUGCUACAUGCGCAUUAUUACCAUGGUGACUAUAGGUACUAUCAACUUAGUACUAUGCUGUGACGCUAACUGCGCUAUAGACUCUUGAUGUUUCCGUUGGAGUCAAUUGUAGAAUAUUAGCAUCACUAUACCUGUCUGGGGGAUGAAGCAAGCUAGAUAAGUGAUAGGACCCCUGUACUUCAUGAAAACAGGUGAAACUUGGAAUAAAUCAGUGAUAAGUCAUAUUGGAGAUCGGAACUGAUCUCGAAGGAAGAACUUUACAACUGGAACGCCAAUCAAGGAGGGGAGCUACAUGUAGGAUAUGAUUUAAGACAAAGACAACUACUUGUAGUACUUUUGAACAUUGCGUUGCAGAGACAGACACUGGAGAAGCUUUCCAGCAGAAGAAGAAUAUUGAACGCACUGAGGAAUAAUUAACGCAGCUUUGAAUAGCUCUGCCAAAGUUGCGGCAAGGGAACAAAGGGGAGAUUAUUCAGGAUUGACGUUUUUGUGAACAAUCAAGGAACAUGAUAUUGUCAAUCAGGACACUUUUGUCAAGUUUGCUGAUACUGUACGGCUUGGUGGUCUAUGCAGAGAGUUGUUCAUGCCAACAGUCCCAUCCACAGGACCAAUACUGCAAGGCUGAUUUUGUAAUCAAAGCAAGAGUGAAGGGAAAUGAAAAGCUCUACACUAAAUACCUUGGCAAGAAUUAUGAAACAGGGGAGAAGAUCUCGUACAGGCGGCCGUACCAGCAGAGAUACACCGUGAAGAUCAUGAAGAUUUACAAGGGUGAAGAUGUCUUAAAGAAUGUCAGCAAGCAACAUCUCAUCACAGCACUGAAUGGAGCAAUGUGUGGAGUCAGUCUACAGCAAGGAACGAAAUAUGUUAUCAUGGGAUCGAUCGAAAAAGGGAAGAUGCACACCGAUCUAUGCCAGUUUAACCAACGUUGGAGCAGCCUUAAUGGAAGGGAGAGAAAGUCGUUAAAUUCAUAUGGUAAACAAUGCAAACAAUGCGAGAUACAAGUCUGCUAUCGCACUGACUGCAAGGCCGACAAUACCUCAAACAUCUGCAGCUGGGACCAGCAACAUUACGCCAGGGACUGUUAUCUUAGCUCGGUCUGCACUAAACACGACAAGGAUACCUGCCGAUGGUCAAAGAAUUCCUAUUUCAGAGCUUGCUACAAGAAGAAGAAGCGUGCAUACUUGUCCGAACCCUAAACAAGACGAUUGGGUUGACACAGGACGUUCCAAAAAAAGUAAUUGCCAUCUUGUCAGGAUAAGGGUACCCCUCGAACUGUUCCAAUGAACCAGGCAGUGUACCCCAUAUGAAGCUGUUAGUUUUAUGAGGGUCACUAAAUUAUCUAAUUUUGCAGACAUUUUGGAACUGAGAACGAAUCAAGUUGAAAUGCCUGUGUAACGUUUCGAAAACUAUUACUAUGGAGACACAUCACCACUUUUUGAGGUAAAUUAGUUAACAAACAAUUAACAUUCAUAAAUUAUAUUCAAUUAAAUUUUGCUUUUUGGUCCACCAUGUAUGUAACUUGCAUUGCACUUUCAAUGUCAUUGAUGUUGUCAAUUGCAUAAAUAAUGUUUUUUUUCUGAUUUUGGAAGCUCUAUGAAUAUGAGGACAGCUUCAUAUGCCCAAAAUGCGACUUAACAACCCAUUCUGAUGUGAUAGGUCACAUUUAGCAAGAAAUGGAAUCAGACAUGCAUGCAGAAUGCUUGAUUCUUAGAUUUGGUGUUUCAUGCAUGGCACCCCAGCUAUUGAACAUUUGAUGUGACCAAAUUCCAAAUUUCUGAAGACUACAAAGUAUUGCCAUCUUUUGACAAACAAAUUAUUCUAGACUUUUAACAGAAUCAGCUAAUACCAAAGUUGGCAACCAAGGCGUGUACAUUAAAUCAAUAAAUUUUAGAUUAGUUUCUGUACGACUGUGUAAUUUUACCAAUAAAGUAUCUGAUAACUA